CAGACUUCACACAAUAAUCUCUCUACUCUACCUCCAUAUCGCUCUGGUUCUGUCUGUACGACUCUCUUCUUCUCCGAUGGCAAUAGAUCUCAUCGGUGUGUCCAAGAUGGACGAUCAGUCGGCCAUACAGGAAGCAGCAUCAGCUGGGUUGAAGAGCAUGGAGCAUCUGAUCUGCGUACUCUCCCAUCAAGCCGGCCCCCAAUCCCUUGACUGCAGAGAAAUCACCGACUUCACCGUCUCCAAAUUCAAACGGGUAAUCUCCAUCCUGAACCGGACCGGCCACGCCCGGUUCCGCCGCGGACCGUCGAACCCUGUCCGCCAGGAGAUCCAGCCACAACCUCAAACGGCCUUGGCCUUCACGCUUGAUUUUGCCAAGCCUAAAACCACUCCCGAGUUGUCGGCGAGUCCACCCAUGUCCUCCACGACUUCGUCGUUUUUGUCGUCGAUAACCGGAGACGGCAGCGUUUCGAAUGGUAAACAAGGCUCCUCGCUCCUUGUAGCGCCAACCCCUACCAUCUCAGCCGGUAAGCCACCUCUUUCGUCUUCUCACAAGAGAAAGUGUCCCGUGGAUCAUUCUGUUUCCGCCGGAAAACUCCCCUCGUCCGACCGUUGCCAUUGCUCCAAAAGAAGGAAAUCCCGAGUUAAGAGGACCAUCAGAGUGCCGGCGAUAAGCUCGAAUACCGCCGAUAUCCCUCCCGACGAGUACUCCUGGAGGAAGUACGGUCAAAAGCCGAUCAAGGGCUCACCUUACCCACGAGGAUACUAUAAGUGCAGUAGCGUGCGAGGGUGCCCAGCGAGGAAGCACGUGGAGCGAGCGCAAGACGAUCCGAGGAUGCUGAUUGUGACCUACGAAGGGGAGCACCGCCACUCGCAUCCUCCGAUCCCCGCGUGAAGCAGCUAUUCCGACCUGAAUCCUCCGUAAUCGAACGGCAGCAACUGGGCCUUCACGCUCGACUGUCGCCGGUGUCUGUGACGGUAGUUUUGCCAGAUGAAAUGGUCAAAGAAAGAAAGAUAGAACUAAAGUCAACUAUUAGGCGUGGGCCUGAAGUGGGGGUUUUAUGUAAAUUAGUAGAGAGAAGGGACUACAAAUUAAAUGAAAUACAACUAUUCAGCAAUUCUGAUUUC